AUGGUGCAGAUAUGGCAAAUGGAACCGUAUCCAUGCGGCGAUCCGCGAUUGCCGCACCACGUGUUCCCGCCGAAAAUGAUCACGCCGGAUGAGUUGAGCCGUCGCACCGGAACGCUCUAUUGGAAGCUCGACACGCUCGACCAGGUGGCGCUCGCCAAACGACUCACCACGUUGAAGCUUGAGCACAAAUUCAAGAAGGAGGACAUUUUCACACUCGACAAGGAGACCACCGCCAAUUUCGACGACAAAAUUGAAGAGCUGUUCGAGGAGUCGUCGAUACCCGAAGAGCAGGCGCGAAUGAUCAUUGAGGGUUCGGCGUAUUACGACGUCGAGGACAAGAAUGGCAUCUGGGUUCGAAUUCUUUGCGAAUACGGCGAUCUCAUUCUGAUUCCGGCUCAAACUUGUUUCCGCUUCACCACCACUCCAAAGAAUUUCGUCAAAAUGCGUCGCUUCUUUAAGGACGACGCCGAGGCUUAA